UCUCUAGACUUUUCUUACAGUCCGAAAUCUUACGAAAAUUUGUCAACAAAAACAUGCGAAAAUUUUUCAGAUGCUUCCUCUUUUUGUUUUUGUUGUUAUUUUGCACAAUUUUAUUGUUUUUGCUGAUAAUGAAUGAUACAUUUGAAGAUGUAAGAGAUGAUUUUCUACUGAAUGAUUAUUUGAAUAAUAAUGAUGAGGAAAGCAAGGCCAGAUUUGAACAGAAAGAUUCCAUUCCAAAUGAAACUGUAACAGAACCAAUUAUCCUGUGGUGGACCCCCUUUACAGGGGAUUCAGGAAGUUACAAAAAAUGUGGGGAUGUUAAAUGUUUCUUUACAAAUAACAGACUGUACAAAGAUCACGAUAGAUUACAGGCGUUUAUGUUUUAUGGAACAGACUUCAAGCCAUUUGAUUUACCUGUUCCUCGGAAGGCGAACCAUGAUUGGGGACUAUUACAUGAGGAAUCGCCAAAAAACAAUUACUUAUUCUCACAUGAAGAAAUCAUGGAGUUGUUUAAUUACACGUCAACAUUCCGUAGAGAAUCAUCCUACCCAAUAUCUACACAAUAUGUGGAUAGUAUAAAAUGGUUAGAAGAUAAAACAUACAUUGUUCCAGUUAAAGAAAAGAAUAAAUUCUUAGCAGAGUUAUCUCCUAUUAUUUAUACACAAAGUGACUGUGAUGUUCCAUCAGGGAGAGACCAGUACACUAAGAUGUUGAUGGAGUAUAUAAAUGUUGAUUCUUAUGGAACCUGUCUGCACAAUAAAGAUUUACCAACAAACUUAAGAGACCCUAUUGAAGGAAUGGAUCACAAGGAAUUUUACAAGCUGAAUGCUAAAUAUAAAUUCUCUCUGGCCAUGGAGAAUGGUUUGUGUCCUGACUAUAUGACAGAAAAAUUAUGGAGGCCAUUUCAUCUAGGAUCUGUGCCCAUUAUUUUAGGAUCACCUAAAGUAAAGGAGUUCUUGCCAUCAAAUCAUUCAGCAAUAAUCGUAGAAGAUUUCAAAACAGUGAAAGAACUAGCAGAUUAUAUAAAAUACUUGCACGACAAUGAUGAGGAAUAUGCCAAAUAUCUAGACUGGAAGUCCAAGGGUGUCUCAAAUCAGUAUUUAAAAAAAUUAUUAUCAGAACGAGAGUGGUCAGUUCAAAGUAACUGGGAAGAGGAGACAAUCAAUUUCAUAGAAGGUUUUCAGUGCCAUGUUUGUAAAAAGAUUCAUGAAAAAAAUGAGCGAGUCAGAAAUAAAAAAGAACCUGUGAAAUAUCAGGCAACGAAAGAUCAUUACGGUUGCCCAGGUCCAGUUAGUUAUCAUAACGAUGGCAGGCGAAAGGAAGGAGGAAGCUCUUCCUGGGACUAUGAAUUUAAGAAAUCAAAAUAUUUAGCAGUAGCUGUGAAUAGACUUAUAACAUUAGGACAAAACUUUUCUAAAAAAGAUCUUUUUCAAUUAGCUAAAACAAUUAAGGAUGAACUAAGAUGACGUCAACCAAAUUAGAUUACAUAUACAGUCUAGUAUUUUAACAUUGGAAUGAGUAAAUUCAUUUGGUAAAAGUUUAAAAUGAUCCCUAUUCAAAAAAACAUUUUUUUUCUUUGGCAUUUCCAUCAAAACUUUAAAAUUUGGGCAAGUUGGCCUUGAAUUUGUCAUAUAGGAUGUUUUAUUUUUGGAAUAAAUUCAAAUUCUGUUAUUAUUGGGCCUUUCUUAGCAUUAGAGUUUUGUUUUGCUAUAAGAACUGAGUUACUUACCAUGACUCAAGUCUUUGUAAUGUAUGUAAGAAGGGCAAUUUAAUUGUAACUGUCUCAACUUUGAUGUCUAUAACUUAUACAUGUAGUUCCUUUUUCUGUCACAUAUAUCAUUCUUAUGCAUAGAUGAAUUUAAUUGAGAGAUCAUGGAAAAACUCAGGAAUUGUUUGUUGCAUAACAAGUGGGAACCAUGUAGCUUUCUUAUUAUACAUAUAAACAUAUGAUGACCUAUUGAUAUAUCCUUGUUCUUUAGUCCUUGGUGGUGAGUUGUCUUUCUCGACAUGCACCCACUUGGCCUUA